AUGGAUUCUGAACUGCAGGCUCUGAGAGAAGCCAGGUUGGCUGAAUUGAAAAAAGGUUCGCCGGGCCCCAGUAGCGGUUCCGAGAAUGGCAGCGGUGGUGCCAACGGCGGCGUUGGACAGCUCAUUGCAGGCUAUCUUCAACCGCAGGCUCUUGAGAGGCUCUCUAGGGUUUCGCUGGUGAGACCAGAUCGUGCACAGGCGGUGGAACAAUACCUCGCGAGAAUAGUGAGCCAGGGUGCUCUAACGCAUAAGGUAACUGAGGAUGAGAUCGUGCAGAUUUUACACGGUGUAGCCAGGGAGCAGAACAAGAAGAACGACACAAAAAUCAUCUUUGACAGGCGGGAGGCAGCCAUAGAUGACCACGAAGUGACGAAGAACGGCGAUGAGGACGACGACGAUUUUUUUGACUAG